UCCUCGACUGCCAAGAUUUUACGGAUACGACUUCCCUCAUCAUGGAUCGGUGCCAAUCUAGUGACAACUUCAGAACAUCUAAUGAACAGUUUAAGCCAGCCAGGAAUAACUUGGUAAUACGGCCACUUACUCUCGAGUCUUCUCUUGAGCUUCCUUCGUUCCUCCCUCCCUCCACUUGUGUAGAUCUCGGACUAUUUUCCAGUGAGGUUAGGGCUGCUGUGUCGGGCAUCAUGGAACCCUCGAAGAGUUCUCAGAUCUCUAAAGGUGUUGCAAACAACCCAGAGUUCCAGGCAUUGAUGCAGGGCUUCGCCGCCAAUCUUGCCACCUUCCUGGAUAAUGCAUUGUCGGCCAGCAACGUCAAAGCAGAGCCCUCAAGUCAUGUCAAGGUCGAGCCUAGUGGUUCUCUCCCAAUUGAACUUAGCCACUAUGCCAGUAUCAAGAAUGAAAAGGCAGAUAGUGACAGCCACACACAAAUGGUCAUCGACCUUACAGAUAAAUCUGGAACCAGAUUCAAGGCCAACGAUCCCACCAAAGACUCAACUGUCAGCGCCAAAGUCCCACCAACCCUUUCAAACGAUCAAAUGAGUCGAGUUGCAGACUCACCAAUCUUUGUUGAAGAUGACGACGAUCUUCCCCUCGCCCCAAGCAUCGAAUCCCCACUUCCAUCCCAUUUCAAACCAUCACAAGGCUCUGCUAGGGACACCAAGGCUAGCGCUUCACAAUCCGGUGUCCGAAACAAGUCCAUUACGGACUUCUUCUCCAAGUCAAGUAUGGGCCCGCCAGCCAUUUCCUCUGCAUCUUCAAGCCAACAGCCAGCGACUAUGGUUACUCCUAUGCCCCCAAGACGAAAGUUGACUGAAGAUACCGACGAUGAGACACUCUCCGUUGAAUUCCAGCGCAAGAAGCACAAGAAAUAUCAAAAGGGCUGGAGGGGACCAUAUGCCAGACCUCAUCGUAAAUACGCUUCCCGAUACUUGGACUUUUCAGAAACUGAGAGUCCGCAAACUCCCAUGUCUUCAACAUCUGUCCUGGGGACUGUCAACGAUGAUGUGGAUGAUGAUUACAUGCCAGACCAGGAUGAUGACCUUGAUGAUGACUCCGAUGGCACUGAAAAGUGCCGCCGCCAAGUCGCACGCCAGUGCAAAACUGAUAAAAGAUCACAAGCUGCAACAUCAUCAUCAUCCUCUCGUCUGGAGGUCUCGCGCUCAAAAGGAUGCCGUAAAGCCGGAACCUUUACGAACCAAAAGUUCGAGAAUGACGUCUCGAACAGUUUCAACGACAUUGAUUCUGACGAGGACUUUCUGACGUAUGGUACUGCCCUUGUCAAAGCCAGUCAUGCCCACAAGGCUUUGGUCCGCAAAGAACUCGAGAAACCUUAUAUGAUUGAGUGGGCUGAGGAGGCAAAGAAAGCGACCCCUGGUUUCGACGGUAACAACAACAGAGCACACAUCACAACCAUUCUCAGGGAUCUCUAUGAAAGCGACAAGCCCAAAUUCUACAAAUGGAUUAUCCAUCUUCGGGCAGAGGUGCAGAUGAAACUUGAUACUUACGGCUCAACUCGGUUGAAUACAUGGUUGAAUGCCACUCUGGGCGAUGACACAUGCUUCUCGGGUGUCUUUAUGGCCUUUCCAAAUGCGAAUCUCACUGAAGCUAUACAAAUCGCCAUCAGUUUCACAUCCCAAAAGCUUCAUUGGGCACAGUAUCAAUUGAUAGACAUUACUCUUCAACGAUUCAAGAACGCUUCGAACAACGCUAUCAGGAAGAAGUUUUGGUUGUCUGUCGACCAUUCUCCCGCCAAUUUCCAAAACCUGUUGACCGGCCAUAGCGAGAUCUCCCAUCUUUGCGAUUGGAGACGCUGUACGAACCCCCGUCACAUAGUCGUUGAACACCACAAUACCAACAUUGGCCGGAGCAAAUGCUUUCGCAAGGCUGAAACAGAUGCCGAGUUCAGGCGUGUUCCUCGUCUGUGCAGAGACCAUGACCCUCCCUGCCUACUUCACCAAUCUGCACUCCCAGUGGCCACGCGAGUUCUACUCGAAUAUGAGCAUCUAGGCAACGAGUUGCCCAUUGAAAAAUUGCCACCCCAAACUCAAUCAACAAAUGGCCCAUACAUCCUCAAUUCGGGAGUCCCAUUGUAUCGAUGGGAGGAUAACAAGCGGGUACUCAAACAUCAAUAUGCGGCGCCCAUGGUCGGGCCAGUUUUCCCCCUCACUCAAGCUCCCUCAAUGACGUACUCAGGAACCAACUUCAUGUUGGCAGUGGGAGAGUUGCCUCAGCCGCUCGACUGA